AGGUUCGUUGGCAGCUGAGUGAAGUAAAGCGUCUCUCAGAUUUGCGAAGGAACGCGGACUUCCACGGUCUUUCUUCCUCGUAUUCAUUCAUUAACGUGGAUGCCAGGGUCAUCCGAUACUCCCUCAACCGACCGGUCCCUUCUCAUGCCGGGUGAUCGAUCGAGCACAUUUUCUAAGCCAUACCCAAAUGUUUAAAAAGAAGACUGCAGGAUUGGAAGUCUGAUGUGAGCUUUUUAAUCACGGGUUGGUGCUGAUUUCGGAGUGACAUUCAAUGUUGCACGCCCUUGAUUCGACAGGCUCAGAAGCAGAGCUCCCGAGAACAGAGUUAUUUAUCUUUCAACAUGGCCUACACCAGAUAGAACAUAGAUCAACUGAUCGUUCAUCUAUAUACUAAUCAUUGACCUUUCAUUUGUCUCGUGCUAAAUCAGAGUCUUGAUUCAGAUUCACUGCAUUGCAGACCCUUCUUUUACUCUGGCCUCAUUUUUACAGAUACAACAAGUUUUUUAGGAUUAGCAACCUGUCAAAACAAAGAUUGCUGUUGUUCUUUUCCUACUUCCAAUCUGGGUUGGUUGUUCUUAUCUUCGGUCGCGAAGCGCCGUAGAUUGUUUCUUCGCCGAAUUCAUUGGCAUUCCCAUGAAGAAAUGAAUGGCCAUUUGCUCCGCCAAAUUCUUUGGUUUCGAAUUCACUGCGAGAACAGAGAGCAUAGAAACUUACCAGUUCACAGGGAUAUUUAGUGUCCUCUGCAUUUAUACUUCCCUUUGUCACAAUGAGGAGAUUCUCUGCAAGACAGCCGUUCCUCGGGUUAACUUUUAGAACUUUGAUUCUCUUGGUCCUGCUCCGAAGUUGCUUCGCGAAGAACGUUCCUGCAAAUUUCAUCUUCGGAGAUUCCUUGGUUGAAGCUGGAAACAACAACUACAUCUCGUCGCUUUCCAAGGCCAACUACAUCCCCAAUGGGAUCGACUUCGGCGGCCCGACAGGGCGGUUCACAAAUGGAAGAACCAUUGUUGACAUCAUAGGCAAAGAGUUGGGUUUCGAGGAUUAUACUCCUCCGUACCUGGCUCCGACAACGGUUUGGCCUUUCGUCUUGGAGGGGGUCAACUACGCUUCCGGUGGAGGCGGAAUCCUUAACCACACCGGAUAUAUUUUCGGCGGUCGAAUAAACUUGGAUGCGCAGUUAGAUAAUUUUGAGAACACGAGGCAAGACAUAAUCUCAGGCAUCGGCAUUUCUGCAGCCAUGGAGCUGUUCAAGACAGCCCUUUUCUCGGUCACCAUCGGAUCGAAUGAUUUCAUCAAUAACUACUUGACGCCGGUGAUCUCCGCGCCUGAGCAGAGAUUGAUAUCUCCAGAAGUUUUCGUGAACACAAUGAUUUCCAGAUAUAGACACCAACUUGUGAGACUUUAUGAACUGGGGGCGAGGAGAAUCAUAGUAGCCAAUGUAGGGCCGAUAGGUUGCAUACCGUUCGAGAGGGACACCAAUGGAGCUACCACAGAUAGUUGCAUCGACUUCCCGAAUCAGAUGGCUCAGUUGUUUAAUACCCAACUGAGAAGCCUUGUUGCAGACCUCCUCUCGAGUUUGGAAGGAUCGAAAUUCGUUUACGCCGACGUGUAUCGCAUCGUACAAGACAUCAUCGACAAUUAUGUUUCAUACGGUUUCGAAAACCCAAAUUCGUCGUGCUGCUAUGCUGCAGGUCACUUUGGGGGUCUGAUACCUUGUGGUCCGCCUUCUAGAGUUUGUCCGGACAGGUCGAAGUACGUCUUCUGGGAUCCAUACCAUCCUUCGGAUGCUGCGAACAUCAUAGUCGCGAAGCGUCUCAUGGAUGGCAGAGUUCAAGAUAUUGCGCCGAUGAAUGUUCGGCAACUUGUCGAAUCCUGAUCAACAUAAGAG